AUGGUUGAUUUCCCGUAUUCCAGUGCGCCGUUACGUACUAUUAAGGAAGUCCAAUUUGGGCUGUUCUCGCCGGAAGAAGUCCGUGCCAUUUCUGUAGCCAAAAUUGAAUUCCCAGAGACUAUGGAUGAGACGCAAAUGAGGGCUAAGGUGGGUGGAUUGAAUGAUCCUCGUUUGGGAUCCAUUGACCGUAACUACAAGUGUCAGACUUGUGGAGAGGGAAUGAACGACUGUCCAGGUCACUUUGGUCAUAUUGAAUUGGCAAAGCCAGUUUUCCACAUUGGGUUCAUAUCUAAAAUUAAAAAAGUGUGUGAAUGUGUCUGUAUGCAUUGCGGUAAACUACUAUUAGAUGAAUACAAUGAGUUGAUGAGACAGGCUAUCAAAAUCAAAGAUCCAAAGAGGAGAUUUAACGCUGUGUGGUCCCUAUGUAAAUCUAAAAUGGUCUGUGAUACAGAAGUACCAUCGGAGGACGAUCCAAGCAAGUAUAUAUCCAGAGGUGGUUGUGGUAAUGCACAGCCGAGCAUUCGUAAAGAUGGUCUCUCCCUGGUUGGUACAUGGAAAAAAGAUAAAAACUCUGAGGACAGUGAUCAGCCUGAGAAGCGCAUUCUAUCUGCAGAAGAAAUUCUAAAUGUUUUCAAGCACAUAACUCCCGAGGAUUCUUUGAGGUUGGGUUUUAAUGAGGAUUUCGCCCGUCCCGAAUGGAUGAUUUUGACUGUUCUUCCAGUUCCCCCACCUCCAGUACGCCCAUCUAUUUCUUUUAAUGAAUCCCAAAGAGGUGAGGAUGACUUGACUUACAAAUUAGGUGACAUAUUGAAGGCUAACAUCAAUGUUCAAAGAUUAGAAAUAAAUGGUUCACCCCAGCACGUAAUUCAAGAGUCGGAAUCUUUACUACAGUUUCACGUUGCAACCUACAUGGAUAACGAUAUCGCCGGACAACCACAAGCUGUUCAGAAAUCUGGACGUCCAAUUAAAUCUAUUCGUGCUCGUUUGAAGGGUAAGGAAGGCCGUAUUAGGGGAAAUCUUAUGGGAAAGCGUGUUGAUUUUUCUGCGCGUACGGUUAUUUCUGGUGAUCCUAAUCUGGACUUGGACCAGGUUGGUGUUCCUAAAUCUAUCGCUAAGACUUUAACAUAUCCAGAGGUGGUCACGCCUUAUAAUAUUGACCGUCUAACACAGUUGGUCCGUAAUGGCCCUAACGAACACCCUGGAGCGAAAUAUGUUAUUCGUGACAAUGGUGAUCGUAUCGACUUGCGGUAUAGCAAGCGUGCUGGUGACAUUCAGCUACAGUAUGGCUGGAAGGUUGAACGUCAUAUUAUUGACAAUGACCCCGUAUUAUUCAAUCGUCAGCCGUCAUUGCACAAGAUGUCUAUGAUGGCUCAUAGGGUUAAAGUAAUGCCCUAUUCUACGUUUAGGUUGAACCUAUCCGUCACUUCCCCAUAUAAUGCAGAUUUUGAUGGUGAUGAAAUGAACUUGCAUGUACCCCAAUCAGAGGAAACGAGAGCUGAGUUGUCUCAAUUAUGUGCGGUUCCACAACAAAUUGUAUCUCCUCAAUCUAAUAAACCCUGUAUGGGCAUUGUGCAAGACACGUUGUGUGGUAUCCGUAAAAUGACAUUAAGAGAUACCUUCAUUGAGUUAGAUCAAGUAUUGAAUAUGCUCUAUUGGAUUCCAGAUUGGGAUGGUGUGAUUCCUAAACCAACUAUUUUAAAACCAAAGCCAUUAUGGUCAGGCAAGCAGCUACUAUCUAUGGCUAUCCCAAAUGGUAUUCAUUUGCAGCGUUUUGACGAGGGAACCACAUACCUAUCACCCAAAGACAAUGGUAUGUUGAUUAUAGAUGGUCAGAUAAUAUUUGGCGUCGUCGACAAAAAAACUGUUGGCUCCUCUAGCGGUGGUUUAAUUCACGUUGUUACUAGAGAAAAGGGCCCUCAAGUAUGUGCCAAAUUAUUUGGUAAUAUUCAAAAAGUUGUGAACUAUUGGUUAUUACACAACGGAUUUUCGAUUGGUAUUGGAGACACUAUUGCCGAUGAAAAGACUAUGAGGGAAAUUACAGAGGCUAUUGCUCUUGCUAAGAAGCGUGUCCAGGAGGUCACUAAGGAAGCUCAGGCUAAUUUGUUAACAGCGAAGCAUGGUAUGACGUUACGUGAGUCUUUUGAAGAUAAUGUCGUACGUUUCUUAAACGAAGCUAGAGAUAAAGCCGGCCGUUCUGCAGAGCUCAACCUAAGGGAUUUGAAUAACGUUAAACAGAUGGUUAGUGCUGGUUCUAAAGGUUCUUUUAUUAAUAUUGCUCAAAUGUCUGCUUGUGUUGGUCAACAAUCUGUGGAAGGUAAACGUAUAGCAUUUGGUUUUGCUGAUCGUACUUUACCACACUUUUCCAAGGAUGAUUAUUCUCCGGAAUCAAAGGGUUUUGUUGAAAACUCUUAUUUAAGAGGUCUAACCCCCCAAGAAUUCUUUUUCCAUGCUAUGGGUGGUCGUGAAGGUUUAAUUGAUACUGCCGUUAAAACCGCCGAAACAGGUUAUAUCCAGCGUAGGUUGGUUAAAGCGUUGGAGGAUAUCAUGGUUCAUUAUGAUGGUACAACUAGAAAUUCAUUGGGUAAUAUUAUCCAGUUUGUCUAUGGUGAAGAUGGUAUGGAUGCUUCGCAUAUUGAAAAGCAGUCGAUUGAUACCAUACCAGGUUCUGAUUUGGCAUUUGAAAAACGUUACAGAAUUGAUCUAUUGAAUCCGGAAUAUGGAUUAGAUCCUUCACUUUUAGAAUCUGCAACUGAAAUUAUGGGAGAUUUAAAAUUGCAGAAUAUGUUAGAUGAAGAAUAUAAACAGCUUGUUCAAGACCGUCAAUUGCUGAGAUCUGUAUUUUUAGAUGGUGAACAUAAUUGGCCGUUACCUGUUAAUAUUAGGCGUAUCAUUCAGAAUGCCCAACAAACCUUCCGUAUAGACACAACUAAGCCGACCGACUUGACUAUCAAAGAUGUUGUACUCGGUGUACGGAAGUUACAAGAUAACCUUCUUGUCUUACGUGGUAGCUCUAACAUAUUAAAAGAAGCUCAAGAAAAUGCUGUGACAUUAUUCUGUUCCUUGGUAAGAUCUCGUUUAGCUACCCGUAGGGUUCUCACUGAAUACAGGUUAACCAAACAAACAUUUCAAUGGGUUUUGAACAAUAUCGAGGCACAAUUCUUAAGGUCCAUAGUACAUCCGGGCGAGAUGGUGGGUGUUCUAGCUGCACAAUCUAUUGGUGAACCUGCGACGCAAAUGACUUUGAACACAUUUCAUUUUGCCGGUGUUGCCUCCAAAAAAGUUACUUCUGGUGUUCCCCGUUUAAAGGAAAUCUUGAAUGUUGCAAAAAAUAUGAAGACCCCUUCAUUGACUGUUUACUUAAAUGAAGACUAUGCGGCUGAUCAAGAAAAAGCAAAGCUAAUUAGAUCUGCCAUUGAACACACAACUCUUAAAAGUGUUACUGUCUCUUCCGAAAUAUACUACGAUCCAGAUCCAAGUUCGACUGUUAUUGAAGAAGACGAAGAAAUCAUUCAAUUGCACUUUUCCUUAAUGGAUGAAGAGACGGAAAACUCAUUAAAGCAUCAAUCUCCAUGGUUACUACGUUUGGAAUUAGAUCGUGCCGCUAUGAAUGAUAAAGAUUUAACUAUGGGCCAAGUUGGUGAGAAGAUUAAGGAAACUUUCAAAAAUGAUCUAUUUGUUAUUUGGUCGGAAGAUAACGCAGAAAACUUAAUUAUCCGUUGUCGUGUUGUUCGUGAUCCAAAAACGUUGGAUGCCGAAGCUGAGGCGGAAGAGGAUCAUAUGUUAAAAAAGAUUGAAAACACUAUGCUAGAAAGUAUUACUUUACGUGGUGUUCAAGAUAUUACCCGUGUUGUUAUGAUGAAGUAUGAUCGUAAGGUUCCGAAUGAGACAGGAGAAUACCACAAGGUUCCUGAAUGGGUUUUGGAGACAGAUGGUGUGAAUUUGUCUGAGGUAAUGACUGUUCCUGGUGUGGACCCCACCCGUAUUUAUACCAAUUCCUUCAUUGAUAUCAUGAACGUCUUAGGAAUUGAAGCAGGCCGGGCUGCGUUGUACAGAGAAGUCUACAAUGUUAUUGCGUCUGAUGGUUCUUAUGUGAAUUACCGGCACAUGGCGUUAUUGGUGGAUGUGAUGACUUCUCAAGGCUUCUUGAUGUCUGUGACUCGUCAUGGUUUUAAUAGGGCAGAUACCGGUGCUUUAAUGAGGUGUUCUUUCGAGGAAACUGUGGAGAUUUUAUUCGAAGCUGGUGCAUCUGCUGAAUUAGAUGACUGUAAUGGUGUAUCAGAGAAUGUCAUCUUGGGUCAAAUGGCUCCAAUUGGCACUGGUGCCUUUGAUGUGAUGAUUGAUGAUGAAUCGUUGAUCAAAUAUAUGCCUGAGCAGAAGUUGACUACAGCUAUCGAUGGCAAGGAUGGUGGUUCCACUCCGUAUAAUAGUGAUUCUGGGUUGGUUAAUACUCAAGUCGAUAUAAAGGAUGAAUUAAUGUUUUCUCCAUUGGUCGAGGCUGGAGGUUCUGAUGCCAUGUCCGGUGGGUUUACCGCUUAUGGUGGCGCGGAGUAUGGCAAUACAACAUCUCCUUUCGGUGGAUAUGGAAAUGGCCCGACAUCUCCUGGAUUCGGAGAUGCUUCAUCCCCAGGGUUUUCACUUACUUCACCAGCUUAUUCCCCUACUUCUCCAAGUUAUUCUCCUACCUCUCCAAGUUAUUCGCCUACGUCACCUUCAUAUUCACCUACAUCUCCAAGUUACUCACCUACAUCUCCAAGUUAUUCGCCUACGUCACCUUCAUAUUCACCUACAUCUCCAAGUUACUCACCUACAUCUCCAAGUUAUUCGCCUACGUCACCUUCAUAUUCACCUACAUCUCCAAGCUACUCUCCUACAUCUCCAAGCUACUCACCUACGUCCCCAAGCUACUCACCUACGUCCCCAAGCUACUCUCCAACCUCUCCAAGUUACUCUCCAACCUCUCCAAGUUACUCUCCAACCUCUCCAUCCUACUCGCCCACUUCACCUUCGUACUCACCUACUUCCCCAUCAUACUCACCUACUUCCCCAUCAUACUCACCUACUUCCCCAUCAUAUUCACCUACUUCUCCAUCAUAUUCACCUACUUCCCCAUCAUAUUCACCUACUUCUCCAUCUUAUACUGGGGCAUCUCCGCAAUAUAGCCCACGUUCUCCAUCUUAUUCGCCAAGCUCUUCUAAUAAUGAACCAAAGAAGGAUGAGAGUGGAUAUAAAUGA